AAUCUCGAGAGAUUUUGUUUCCUAGGAUACAAUGGCGGUGCUACGCCAAGCAAAAUGAAAUCCAAUCACUCAAUCCUCUGUUACUAGCUUUUAUGUUUUAACUAGAUAUAUUAUUAAUUUUUUGAUUAGCUGAAAAUGUCUCACAGCUAUUACAACAAACAAUGGCAGGAGGCUCAGGCUGCCCUUAUAGACCUCCUGCAGCAAGAGAACCCCCCAGAGCCACCCAAACCAGAGAGGGAUCGUCUUGCAGCCUUUCAGCUUCUGGCCACAAUGUACAUCAAAUACAUUCAGAUCUUUCGUAAGCUGGAGCAGUCCUAUGACCAGAUAGUGCACCCACAGAAAAGAUUGGUACUAAGGCACUGUUUGGAUGGUGUCAUGGGCCGAGUUGUUGAGCUCAAGCAUGAAAUGAUGAACUUAGAGUUCUCAGAGUACCAUUAUUUUGAUGACGUCUUGUCUGACCUGAAGUUGACACCAAAUGAUGUGGAGAUUCCAAUUCCAAAAUAUUUUACACAUGAAAGAAUGAAAAACAUCAAGGAAAGAGAAAAACUGUUAGGGCAAGUGCUGGCAAAAAUAGGACCCCAAGAUCUUGAAAGGGAAAAAGAAGAAAUCCGAAUGCCGUGGGAACAAGCCAUUAAAAUAAUUCAGAUUCAUGAGAGGGCCAGACAAGGUCGCCUGCGAGCCAAAUUUAUGAGAGAGAUUAGACAGCAGGAAGACAGAGAAAAACAAGCGCAAACACAGGGGGCACCAACUCUAGACAUAGAUGUAGCAGCCAUGAGGAUUCAAAAGGUUUGGAAAGGUUUCUCUCAGAGGCGGAAGACAAGGAAAGAAAGGGAGGAAGAAAUGAUUUUUAUUGGCAUGACCCCAGCGCCACUCCCAACAAGCACCAAGAAUUUGCCGCAAACAUUUGCUCAGAAAACUGAAGAGCUACGUCGCAAAACUCAGGAAGUUCAUGAACACGAAUAUCAGCAGGCUCUAGUGAACAUCAGAGAAAAUAUAAUACAAAAUGAAGGUCCUGACAUGAAGGAAUCCAUGAUGGAUCAGAUACGCCAGUGGUUCAUUGAGUGCAGAGAUGCCACUGGAAAGUUCCCUGAAUAUCCCAGUUCUGAUGAUGGGGGAUCUGCUGUUAUAUUUAAAGAGAAGGACCCAGCUGAGCUGCAGAAAGAGCUGAACGAUAAAGAUGAAAAUAAAGGCAAAGGAGGUAAGAAGGGUAAAAAAGGAAAGAAGGAAAAAAAGGGGAAAAAAGGAAAGAAAGGUAAAAAGGGCAAGAAAGGAAAGAAAGGGGGAAAAGGCAAGAAAGGAGAUGAUGAGGAGGAAGAGGAAGGCUGGAAAAUGGCACCAUCUAAUUUUGUACCUGCUGUCAAUGAAGCUACUGGAACAUACAAAGGUAUUUGGGUGAAUAGAGAUGAAAGUGAUAACUUUGCGCAGAAACAUGACUCAGAGCUGAUCAAAGAGGACAAGAGGAAGGAGGUAGAAACAGAGAUCAGAACACAGGUUGAUGAACUCAUGAGGGUGGAACUCGCUAAUCUAAAAGCUGCAGUGGACAGAGAUAAAAAGGGGAAAAAAGGAAAAAAAGGUAAAAAAUCUGGAAAAAAGAAGAAGAAAAAGGGGAAAAAAUCUGGGAAAAAAGGAAAGAAAGGAAAAAAAGGAAAGAAAAAGGAAAAAGAUUUGACACCAGACAGGACCAUAGAUGACCUGUACGAAGAACUGGUCACCCAAGGUAUCAUCAUCAGGUGUCCUCAGGUCAAGCUCAGCGACUACGAAGGGGAGUACAGCUACCUGGGGACGACCCUCAGGCAAGCAAACAUUGAACCAAUGCCAUCCCUUUCUGACGUCAGGCGCCUGCUCACAGAGUUUGGAAUUUUACCACUAGGGUCCCCGGCUGUGCAUGAGAACUGCCCAAUGACCAAGUCCAUCAUGUUGGCGGGCCCCAGGGGUACAGGUAAAAAAAUGCUGGUCCACGCCAUGUGUACAGAACUUGGCGCCAACCUGUUUGACCUGUCCCCGGGGAAUCUGGCAGGUAAAUACCCAGGGAAAGACGGCCUUAAGAUGUUGAUGCACCUCAUCUUCAAGGUUGGACGAGCCUUACAGCCUUCAGUAUUUUACAUUGGAGAUUGUGAGAAAAUGUUUAAGAAAAAAAUUCCCAAAACAGAUCCAACUGAUCCAAAGAGAUUGAAAAAAGAGCUCCCAAAAGCCUUGAAGUCCAUCAAGGGUGAAGACAGGAUCCUGCUAGUCGGGACAACAAGAUGUCCCCAGGAUGCUGACAUGAAGCCUUUGUUGGCCUGUUACCAGAGAGUUAUUUUAAUACCCAGACCAGACUACGCUUCCAGGCAUUUGUUGUGGAGGAAGCUGAUUCUAAAACACGGAGGUUUGUUGACCAACCACAUUGACAUCAGUUCACUGUCCAAGGCAACAGAUGGGUUUACUGCUGGUCACAUGGUCACUGCAUGUCAACAGGUUUUGACAGACCGCAGGAUCCAACAGUUGUCUAAAAAACCUCUCCAAGCUAUUGAAUUUUUAGGGCCUCUAGCCAGGCUAGAUCCAAUUUAUAAAGAAGAAGAGGAGGCUUUCAAAACCUGGUACAGCAAGACCCCAAUGGGCAAGAAGAGAGCAAAGGCUGCCCAGGCUGAUCAAGAGGACGGGGAUGGGGGAGGCAAGGACAAAAAGGGAAAGAAGGGAGGUAAAAAAGGCAAGAAGGGCGGCAAGAAAGGAAAAAAGAAGAAGUAAACUAAAUUUUUCCCUUACUGUUUUCUACUGAAAGAACCUAGAACGUGGAUGAAAAAUUUGUUUUCUACUGUAUGCGACAUGCUGGAGGUUUAUAAGUUUUUCUGCUGAUGUAACAUCAAUGACAUUUUCUUAGAGCACACUUGAAUGGAAUAUCCAGUUUAUAAAUGGUAUAGAUUCUACCUGGAUUUGAUUGGUUUACUUUUACUCUGCAAUUACUGUAUUAUUUAGUGUAUACAAUUGUAAAAAUUGUUAAACAAUCACAUCACUGAGAAUAUGCAAAAUUAUUUUUUAGACUGGAAUUACUAAUUUACUGGUUCAGUAUUUUACACCUGAAAAUGUAAAUAUGAUUCUGUACUACAACUUCUGUAGGCCAAUAUUUUUUUAUACUAAUUUUGUUAUUGUUUAAUUUUUGAAGUAUUUAUCUGUUACUGUGAUAUUUUUAAAAUGGUAUACAACAACUUAGACUCUUGAGAGUUGAAGUGAACUGAGGCUAACUCAAAAACAGAAGCAACCAAAAUAUCUGUUUUGUUUUUCUACCAACACCUGCGAUGGUUUACCAGCACCUUUGAUGGUGUACCAACACCUGUGAUGGUGUACCAACACUUGUGAUGGUGUACCAACUGGUGUACCAGCACCAGUGAUGGUUUACCAGCACCUUUGAUGGUGUACCAACACCUGUGAUGGUGUACCAACACUUGUGAUGGUGUACCAACUGGUGUACCAGCACCAGUGAUGGUGUACCAACUAGUGUACCAACACCUGUGAUGGUACUAAGUUUGACAUCGCUCUCAAGACACUGAUUGCUACAUUCCUAGAUGACAUAGAUUGUUAACUUUUGGACUGUUUGUUAACUUUUGGUCUGUUUGUUAACUUUUGGUCUGUUUGUUUUUGGACUGUUUGUUAUUGUCUGUUUAAAUUAUGACAUUGGACUGAUUUUAUUUUAAAUACAAAACUUGUAAAAAUGUGACUACAAACUACCUUGUACUUAUGUUGCAAUACAAAUUAUUAUAAUAAACACACAGUGA